AUGAUUUUUUUCUUACUCCCUUUGUGUGUGUAUUCUUGGAAUUACCAGCAAAACGGCGAAGAUUGGGAAGGGACUUGCGCAACAGGAAGUGAGCAGUCACCCAUUAACAUUGACCAAGGCGAUACCAGCAAGCUUGGAGACACUUAUUCAAUGCUUGUCUACUACUAUGGGAUUGUGGGCUCACGAACGGUUGUAAACGACGGAAACACAAUUUCUCUUCCAGGCGACUACGGUUAUAUCACAAUUACUGACCAAAAAGGAAACGACAGGAAAUUUUUGACAGAUCAUAUAGAAUUCCACAUGCCAAGCGAGCAUUGGUUUGACGGAUAUCCUUCACAAAUGGAAGUCCAAGUAUUUCAUACAAUUGACGACAGUGACUAUACAGCUGGUUUCCCAUCAAAAGCAGUGGUUUCUAUCAUGAUCAGGCCAGGAGACGACAAUUACUUUAUGGCAGCUAUCAGCUUGUCCAAACUCCCUGCGAGUGGGUCAAAUUACACCUUAGCAGCGACAUCUCUAGUGAACCUUCUUGAUAUUUGUGACCCUUAUGACAAUUAUUAUUUCUAUCAUGGCUCUUUGAACAAGCCGGACUGCAACGAGACUUAUUUAUGGUACGUCUUUGAGACUGAGCAGAUGGUCAGCUUCGCUCAAAUGAAUUAUUUUUCUCUACUAUGGGUUGAGGAUACCUCAUUUUCAGAAGGUAAAGGGAAUAUAAGAGAGACCCAACGUCUGCAUGGGCGAACUGUGUAUUACUCAUCAGCAUCCAGCUUAGCAUUAAGCUUAUUAUGGUUCUUUUGGUCAUAG